AUGGGGUGUGGAGAGUCUUUGAAGUUUUCUGAAGGCAAUCCUAAUCUUCUUCCGUCCGGGGGGGUAGCUGCUCAGCUAUUUAGUUUGGAUUGCAACACCUUUUUGCCCACACCAGCAAAGAAUGGAACGGUUUUCUGCUCUCUUCCACUACCGAUUCACAGUGGCCUGCCAGUUUGCAUAAAUGGUGAAUUUGCAGUAGAUUCUAACAGGCGUCGUUUGCAGGGCAAACUUAAAGACGACAAGACAUGCUAUGGCGAGGAAUGGAAUAAUGUUCUAAUGACUGAUUCCAUAUCUACUGCUUAUCUGUGCCUCCUUGAGGACCUUAAGAAAAUUCUCCCUGAAGACGGAUCUUAUGUUUUUCAUUCACUGUGGCCGAGGGCUUCUGACGUAAGCGAACAAUGCUGGUCUAUUACAGAGUCAUUCUACAAGCAUAUUGCUAAUGGAUCUCAUGCUCUGUUUUCCAAUGGAAAAAAAUGGGUUGACAUUACUCAAGUGGUUUUUCUCCAUCCAGAACUUCGAAUGGAUCCUAAAAUUGGAAAAAUUUCGUUUGCUGUCUUUUGUAACUUCCCUAAAGGAAAUGACGUGGUGAUUGAUUUGCCAGCCGAAGUAUUCCAGUCUUUUGAACGGUGUGAUCUGUUUAAUGUCCUAAGAGGUAAAACAUACGACAGGCUUCGAUUUUUCCGUGAUGUUUUCUUUCCAAACAUUACAAGGGUUACUUCAGACCAGCGGGAUGUUCUUGUGCUGUAUGCACUAAAUCAAAACAACGAGGAGUUGGAAGACUUGAUAAUAAACAACGCCUGCAUUCCAGCUUCACCUGAUGGAAAGAUUCUCAAGCGGCCGAGACAGUUAGUGAAUCCCAACAAAGAAUCUUCCUCGUUGUUUUCCCCAGACGAUGGUAGGUUUCCCUUUGGCGAGGAGAAUACAUUUCGCAACCCACAAGUGCUUGCCAAACUAGAGGUACUUGGAAUGAACUCACACGAUCUUCCUUGGGAAGAUAUUGCAGAAAGAGCCGAGAGUGUCCAACACGUUAAUUCAGUGGAUAGUAAGGCGGCAGUUAAGCGUACUAAGUUUUUGAUAGAAUUCGUACAAAAGAAGUUAAAGGUGAAAGAUAGAGACCCUUCGGAAGGAGUCAUUUCUCGUAUUGUCAAGGCUGAGUUUCUCCCAGUACUAGGGAGACCGAAAUCAUUUCCCCUUCACUGGAAAAGCGAAGAUUAUCAAAUUUCUCGAAGGCUUUUUGCAGCCCCUAAGGAUGUCUUUCUUCCUUCGGACAAAUACCUGGUGUGUUGUACGGAGUUAGUUGUCGACCUAGACAUCCCCAAGAGGGCGACAGAAUUGCUUAGAUUACUUGAAAAAAGAGUUACUACAGAGCACGUGAUAAAACAACUAAGCGAAGCCAUUUCCGCCAGCAUUGGUACAAUGGAUCGUAAAAGUUUAGACGAAGUGAGCUGCGUUUGCACAGAGGCGUAUUCUUUUCUACAAGAAAAUAUUGCCAACUGUACGUCAUCCGUUAAGGAAUUCCUUUCUACGAAGCCAUUCGUUUUAGUUGGAAGGCGCUUUCUGUCCACAGAUGAGGUCGCCUUUGAGGUGAAGACCGAUUGUUCUCCUUUCCUUAAUAAAGUUCCAGAAGAUUUAUCCGAUUCUUACGCCAAACUCCUGAGAUUCAGUGGUGUUAGAGAGCAAUUCGAAGCGAAGGACUACAUUUCAGGUCUUCGAAAAAUAAAACAACAGUUUGCAGAAACAAAACUCGAUGAGCAAACCUUGCAAGUGGCAGUCAAUAUGGCUAUCGAACUUGGGGAGACUGUGAGACAUUGUUCCGAAGAAUGGUAUUCCGAGGAGGAAAGCUCCAUUUGUAUUUAUCUUCCUGAUUCCGGUGGGAGAAUGCUUGCAGUGGCUGACCUUUGCUACAAGGAUUGUCUCUGGAUGCCUGAUGAUCCAGAGGAACAGUUCCUUUAUGAAGAAAUUCCCUGGUCGACCUGUGAACAACUGGGAGUUAAAACACGCCGAGAAAGGGUCUUGCAACAACACGAUAUUGGCUUUCCUUUUGGGCAAAAGGAAGAGCUCACAGAUCGAUCGAAACAGAUUUUGACAGGCCGCCAAGGCGAGAAAGAGCUUUUAAAAGAGCUUCUUCAGAAUGCAGAUGAUGCACAAGCAACCGAAAUUUGCUUCAUCAAGGAUCCUAGACACCACCCUGAUGAAAGAGUGUUCCAAGAAAGUUGGAAGCCUCUGCAAGGUCCUGCACUUUGUGUGUAUGUCAACAGACCGUUUACCAAUGCGGACAUUGAAGGAAUUUGUAACCUUGGCAAGGGCAGCAAAGGAGAAGAUCUAAACAAGACUGGUCAGUAUGGAUUCGGGUUUAAUGCUGUGUACCACGUGACUGAUGUGCCGUCAUUCAGGUCGAAGGGUGAAGAAACUGGAGAUGUUUUCUGCGUGUUUGACCCUCACUGCAAGUACGUUCCGUGUGCGAGUGAUGCAAAACCAGGAAGAAUGUACAAAGACAUCGAUAAGUUGAAGAAAAAGUUUCCAGAUGUUUUUUCCUGUUAUCUUGAAGAGUUGUUUGCCAUAAAGAAUGCAACAAUGUUUCGAUUUCCGCUGAAGUCACAGGAAAUGGCUGAAGAAUCCAAAAUAUCAAAGAGACGUGUUUCCGUGCAUCAACUCGAUGGAAUGAUGAGAGAUCUGAAGAUGGAGAUGUUCGACGUUCUUCUGUUCGUUAACAAUGUGAGCAAGAUUAGCAUUGCAGAGAUAGACAGAAUUGAAAAACUGGCAGAGUUCUACUCCGUUGAAGUUGUUAUGACUCAAGAAGAUGAGAGGAUAAGGCAAUGUUUCGCUGAUUACAUGAAUCAAGUUGAAAAGCAAGCCAAACACGAAGAUUUCCUCCCUACAAGUAUACAACCGAAAAAGUGCAUUUACACCAUGACACUUCGUGACAGCGCUGGUGAGGAGGAGACUUGGUUGAUUGUUCAGCAGGUCGGCUUUGAUAAGCCUGUCGAAAAGAGUAUUGUUGAAGCUCUCAGAGAGAAAAGCCUUGGGAUGUUACCUCGCGGUGGUGUGGCUUGCCUUUUAAGCAGCAACAGGCCAUCCGAGCAGCGAAAAGAUAAAGAAGGUAAAGCGUACUGCUUUCUUCCACUACCCUUCAGAACUAAUUUGCCCGUUUAUAUAAAUGGUCACUUUGCUUUGGACCAUAAGGCCAGAAGAAAUUUGUGGCGGGAUGAAGAUGGUGGCUAUCGGAGUGACUGGAAUAAAGCCCUGCUACGAGAUGUGAUCACCUCCUGCUACCUCACUCUCCUGGACAAGGUACGAGGAUACAUUCAGCUGCCAGUUGGGCAGGAUGUUGCAGGUCAAUAUUCCAUCUUUAGCAAAAGUGAGAUCAAGAAAAGGCUAACUUCCUAUGAAAGCCUUUUCCCCAGGUACCCCUUUGAAGAUUCUCACUGGAAGACGUUAGCUGAUUCCGUGUACCAAGAAAUGACCAAGAAGAAGAUGCGCUUAAUUCCAGUAGUGAGGUCUUUGAAACAAAUGUCAGAUGCCCGUGCUAAAAAUUUGAAAUCAGAAGUAACCUGGUUUCCCCCGCAAGGCACAGGCAAGAACCAAGUAUUCUUCAACAAUCUCGAAAUCGAAGGCUGCUUUGCUUCACUUUGUCUAAGGCCAAGUAUUGAAGAGGAGCAAAGGAGAAAGAAAGAGGAAGCCCGGAUUAGGCGAAAACAGCAAUUCGAAGAAACGAUGCUACGAACUGGGUUCAAUUUAGUGACACUAUCAAUCACCGUCUUCCGUUCAUUCAAAGAAGCGGGAGUAGAGGUUUGCUGUCUAUGUCCUCUUGUUGUUAUGGACUUCUUCAAGUCGUUUAAUGAUGUAAAUCCACUUUGCAGUAUUGGCGAGAUCCCGUUUCCCAUUGACAAGACUCCAUUCAAGGACAAAGGGGCAGUAAUUGGCAUUCUAAAGUACUGUAGGGCUGAUGAACGUUUUCUGGAGAAUAUCGCAGGUCUUCCAUUGCUUGUCACACAGGACAACUACCUACGCGUAUUUAGCGAGAAAGAACCUCGGUGUUUGAGUCAUUUUUACGAUAUUUUACCACACUCUCCGUCAUUAUUUGUGCACAAAAGAGUCCACUGCGAAGUUUUCAACACUGUUGAUCUUAAAAGAGCCCGUGUAUUCCGACCCCUGGAUGUGCAAAUACUCUCGACAAAUUUGCACCUUACACUUCCUGAAUGCUUCUGUAGCGAGGAUCGCUAUAUGAUGUGGUCUCCUGAAGAUCCAAAAUCUCCCUUGCCGAAUCUUCGCUGGAUUUACAGAGUCUGGGACUUUUUGGAGAGAUUUACCAGCAAAACAUUGAGGGAAUCCGACGUAACAAAUGAAAACAAAACUUCGUUCAUUCGUGACCUGCUGAAGCCGUUAUCUAAAUGGAGCAUUCUUCCAGCAACAGAGACAAACCAGUUGGUAGAUCAUUAUUUGGUGCCUCUGAGAAUGGCGGAGUCGGUUAUUGAUUUUGGUGAUUGUGGUCAAUCAAGCAAGAAGUUGGUCGAGGCUUUAAGAGGUUUGACAUUACCUGAACUUAACUCAGCUGUGAUGGAAUCCAACAGCGUUGAUGAGUUGUCCUACACGAAGACGGAUUCAUACAUUUUCGCUUGUUGUCUCGUAGCGACGUUGAAGACACCUCAUUCGCUUCUAACGGUCCUUAAUCAGAAACGCAAGACGAAUCCCGACUCCCUUAGUGAUAAACUUAAGUGCAUGGAAGCUGAAAGCAUUCUUAAUUACUUUAGCCGCAGUGUCAAGGAUUUAGUAGACGACGACAAAGAAACACUAAGAAACCUUCCUUUCUUUCCAGUGGCGGGCGGAAGGCUUGGAUUAGUACAGGAAAGAGACGUGUUUGUUCUACCUGCUGAGAUCCCCAAGGACGAGAUGGAUGCUGUGGAAUCCAGAUUUGGCUGUUUGUUUCUAGAGCCUCGUCAAAGUUUGUUAGACUUGUAUGAAUUCCUCGGAUUUCACCAAUUAUCACCUGCAAAUGCAUAUCUAAAAUUCAUUUUGAAAUGUUUUCAGCAUCUUAGUUUAGAAGGAAAAUUGACCCAUCUUCGAUACCUUCGGGGUUUGGUUUUCACGGCAAGUGUACCAGGGAAGGAAGACGAAGCAAUUGAAAAGGAACAACUGCUAGACUAUCUGAAAGUAGUUCCAUUUAUCCAAGCAGUGGAUGGCUUCUGGAAGACAGCGUCUAGUUUCUACGACCCCCGGAAUGAAGUUUUCCGUACUAUGUUAUCAGCGGACAGUUUUCCACGGGAAAUUUUCAACACUAACGAAUUGCUGCCCUUUUUGGAGAAGAUAGGCCUAAUUACAGAUGUUUCACAAGAGGAUUUUGUGAAGUUCGCUCUCCAAGUCGCAAAUGAAGCUGAAUCAGCACGCACUGAAGAGACCUACAAGAAGUCCGAAGUUCUAGUGCAUAAUCUUAUCUCCUGGCCUAAUGUUGUAGAAAAAGGGCUCUUAAAUCGAGUUCGUAGCAUUCCUUUUGUGGCGCCAGAGCCAGUAAGAGAGUCGCUAGAAGCACUAUGUCUACCAUUUGGUGAAAUGAAGAACGGCCAAAUUCCAUUUAUUCCAUUCAGUGGUGCAGUACCAAUGGAUUAUGAAGAAAUCGUAUGGACCAAAGCGUAUUUGCUUCCAGCUUGGGCGGAUCCAAGGUUUAGUUACAGAGCCAUUGCGAGUGGGUGUCCUCAUCAAAAGACAGAAAAGUAUCUCGAAAGUUUCCUGGCCCAGCUCAACGUUAGUAAGGAGCCAUCAAUUCGUCUUGUCAUCAGCCACUAUCAGACGGUAAGUGGCGUAAGAGAUCUCAGCGAUAAGAACCCUUCGACUGUCAUAAGGGUUAUGGAACGCAUUUACACAUUUCUGCAGCAAAAGGCAGCCAGUGAACCUGAUUUGAAUAUUUUGCUCGAAAGCACACGUUGUAUCUUGGUGGAGCGAGGGAAAAAGUUCAUCCUUCCUAAACAAGCAGUCCUCGAGCUUUACGAGCAUCUCGAGAUAGAGCCAUUCUUGUACAGAGUACCUCCUGAAUUUGGCAAGUUUCAGUCUUUGUUUAAGCUUCUGGGCUGCUCCAAGACUGUAACCUCUGCACACUACGCAAUGGUCUUAGAGCUUUUGCAGGAAAAGUGCCAAGAAGCAAAGUUACAGCCACAUGAAAUCCAGAUGUGUUGUAAGGCGGUUAGAGGACUACUUAACAGUUUGCAAGACGAUGAUGAAAGUGUGGAAACCCUCCCUAAAUUGUACCUACCAGCGGUGUAUCCAGAAUGCGGCUCUCCCAUCAAACCACUAGAAGCUAACCCUGUUACUUUGCGUCCAUCAGAAGCGCUUAUAUUUGAUGACGCUCCAACCUAUGGCAGUCGGAUUCACGGGAUGGACCAGCUGUUCGUGCCUGACCUUAGCCUGAUGGAAGUAAACUUAAAAUCAGCCAUGACGAGCUUUAAAGAUCUUAUGAUGAAAUUGCCUGCCUCUUUACAACCACGAAUGUUAUCGUCAGUGGUGAAAGAGAAACUCAGCUCCCCAGAGAGCCUAGAGGUAGUGUCAAUUGAGGCAGUGAAUGCACUGAAACGGCAACUCACAUCUGUGCAGUUUGGACAUGGAUUUGCGAGGAUCAUAAGAGACGCCAAUUAUCAGAAAAAAGGCUUCGAUGAAGGGGUUAUAGCAGGUGUUGCAAGUGGACUCCGAAGCAUUGAACUCUUAUCCGUUAAAGGCCUCAAAACGUCACUUUAUCACAAUGACAUCCUGAUUCCUGAGAGUGAGCAAUCAGUGAUAUAUUUCAAAGAGAGGUUGGAGCUACCUGGCAAGGAAACGUGGAGAGUUUACAUCAAUGCGCUAACUCGAAUAGAUGAAACCAUUUGGACACUGGUAGCCAAUAUUAUCGUGGAAAUGUACGGGGAAUUCCUCGGUAAGAAUUCCUAUGUCAUUACUGGUAUGUUACUUUGCCCUCCCUCGAGCAUCUGGUCACUCUUGGACAAGAUGGGUAUAAGUAAAGAUGACAGUUACGGCGCAGCACAAAUGAAAAUCUAUCCACAACCCGGUACCUAUAUUCCAGUUGAAGAUCAGCAUCUUUUGAAUGACGCUUUUGAGGAAAUUGAACCUGGGGAAUACGUAGGUUAUCAGCUGAAUGACCCAAGUCUACAGGAGGAGGAAGACACUGCAAUUUACAUCUACGCUAUAGUUACUGAGAAGGAAGCAUCAAACACAGAUGCUGAGAUGUUGAAAUCAUACAGAAUCGACAUUGGGCAUGACAAGGAGCCAGUUGAUGUCAAGGCUGCUCGCUUGCAUAAAUUUCACCGAUUGGAAGAGAUAUUUGAUGAGCAAGAGGAAUUACACGAAGAUAUGGAAGAAGUGUGUAAAGAGAUCUCUGCCACUCUCGAGCUCGCAUGGGAACUACUAGAGGAAGAAAGAGAUCAAAUUGUCAAGCGUCUGUUUUUGCGUUGGUUUCCAAAGGAGAAUGUCCGUAAUUUGGAGUUGUUCGCAGCGACCUCUGAGCAUUUGAGGAAAGAAGUUUCUAGACUCAGUGGUUUUAACGAUUCUUUGUUUGCUUCAUGGGUAGCCCUUGUAAGAGAACGAGAAUAUCAGAGAGAAACUUACCGAGAAAACUUCCGCAAAAAGUACGGUUCAUGGAAGUCUUCAUCAGGCCAAAGGUCAGGAUACAGUUUUCCUCCAAGUUUCUGUCAUCAAAAUUCUCAGCCAGAAGAGGCCAAGCGCUGGUUCAGACAAGCUAAUGCUGAUCUCGAGGCUGGCACCAGGGAAUUCUCCUUCGGCAGAGAUUCAUAUGAAUGGGUGUGCUUUAAAUGCUACCAGGUAAUCCUGCAUUUUAUCCUGAUAUAUUUCCAUUGUAUAUUGUCCCAGCUCAGUGCGGUAUAAGAAUUCUGAGUUUACUCUACAACCAUUAGGUGCGUCUUUCUUUGCCGGUAAAUCAACAACAAGAAUUCCGUCUUUAACUCUUUUAAUAUUUAAAUAAACAGCAUCGGAAAACAGCAGUAAAAGUUAAAAACACUUCUUAUGUCAAGAUAUUGACAAACAUAAUCGAAGAAAACUUUCAAAGGAAAUCUUAUACCAUUUUUGGUUAAGGUAAAGUCGACACUUUUAUCAAAGGAACAUUGAAAGGUCGCUGAGGGGAAGCAAGUCAUUUCUGUUUAAAAAUCAUACGUUAUAGGCUACGUUAUUAGCACACUCCGAUCUAAUUAGCCAAUAUUAAUGAACUUCCAGAAUUUUUCACAGAGGACGUAAGUUUCAAUACUAAAAGAGCACAAAGCAAGUAGGUGUGCGAUCCCAGGGUUUCUUAAGAACAUUUUAAGUCCCUCCAAUACGAUUAGGGUGCUUUUUGACGCUUUUGGCUUGGAGUCGCAUAUAUAUAUGUCCAUUGUAGCUCUAAAACACACGGAUGGAAGAACCAUUUGCUUACAAUGGAGUAUGCAAAGUUUCAUUGUGGCAUAUCCAAUCUCGUGGAAACAACACGAGGAGUCGUUCUUUUCUGGGAUCAUCAGGCAGCCCCAAACCAAAACAUUCUUUCAUCUACUAUUAUUUAAUUACGUGUGGUUGUUUAUGUCUUUUCAGGCAGCGGAAAAGGCCCUUAAAGCCAUGCAAUAUAAUGUGGACGCAAACCAGAAGACGAACGACCACAAUUUGUGUCAAAAUUGCUAUGAUUUUGAUGACCAUGGAUUACCCCAGUUAGCGGGUCAACUGGAAGGUCUUGUAGUUAAUUCUGCACACAUGCGAUAUCCUGACGCUAUGUCAUACCCCAAGAUACCAAAUGACGUGUAUACAGCAGAAAAGGCAGAGAAGGCCCUGGACUUAGCAAGAGACAUUCUGGAGAGAGUGAAAGUCGAAUUGACUUAGUUAAAGGUAUGUGUGAUAUUACUCUCAUUUUUUGUAGUCCAGAAAUAAGACUAUAUGGCUUACGGCGAGAAUGGGAUGGUUGAUGAAACCAAACUACACCAGCUGAUUUCAAGAUUCGUUAGAACUCAAAGACUCAAAAACUCAUGGCGGCCUAUGAACGACCUCACAGAACAUCCUCUGCUAAAGUCACAACAACGGAGUUCCAGUGCCCCAUCUGUUUCAGACUCUGCGCUUCCAGACUGGGUUUGCAGAGCCACCAGAGAAUCCAUAGAUGGUCCCACAUCACACAGUCUUCUUAUACGAAGGACAACCACCAUGCCAUGUAUGAACACAGUUAAGGUGGCUCAAUAGGGUUUUUCAGGCUCAAUACCUCCCAAGUUGGAACUUUUACCUCCAAUAGCCGCCUCGAUGUUCGUGACCUUUGAAGGAAAUCUGUAAGAGCGUGGACGAGAUAUUUUGGGAUGAAGUCUUUAUGGGUAUAAUUACGGUAAAAACUGGACAAUCUUAAUGUUUGGCCGUUAUCUGUAGAAAUCGAAUCGCUUUUGAGAUGCAAUUUCACCUCAUAAUAGUUUCAAUCUUUUUAAAAACGAGUGUAAAAGAUCAUGGAGAUAGCUCUAGCCGAUUGCUAGAAAGAAGGAUUUGAUUAGUAUGUAUCGAGGCGCUCUUGUUGAAGGUUUUCAAAUGAGCAAAUAAUUUUUAAACCACUCGAUAGAUUGAGAUUCUUGAGAUCAACCUUCGUUUUAUAUGACCUUUGAGUUUCAAGAUUAUUGAUAUAUUGUAAGCUAGUAAAAUAAGAGUUACAAUUCGUUAAGUUUGUGUCAGAAAAUUCGUGUUUAUAAGUGACAACCUCUCACUGUUCAGGGGUAUUGUCUCCAAGUUUCAUAUUUUCGUAGACAACAAUAUCUAACAUUUCUGCAUAUUUCCAAUGCAUUGCUACUUACUGCUGUUCACGUCGAAAUGAAACCUGGAAACCAUAUCAAAGCUCUUCGUUUCCUACAGAUUACGACCGAACAUGGCAUUCGAUUGAUUCGAGUUACCCAUACGUCUCACAAACUUCAGCAAACUAAUAACUUUGAUGUUAAGGCUUUUCAUUUAUCUUCGCAUUUUAUGAUUUGGGGUGACUUCGCUAUUUCCGGCUGAAAGAAAGUGGGAGGGUGUCUUAUCAUAGGCGGUGGCUUACCAUAGGGAUUUCUUGCUCUAACUCUAGUGGACCUGUGAAACGCGGUAUAUCGAUGGGCUACACAGCCAAGCUUUAAGAGUUCAUACCAUUACAUUGUAAUUCGUGUCGGUCUACCUCCUAAAAAAUAUCCAGUUUCUUCAAACGUUUGGGAAAAUAUUCAUUUCAGAAAUAUUGAUAUGAAGUAUCUUCUUUUCUGUUUCAGUAUUCUUCUAUCCUUGAAAGAUGAGUUGCGAAUCAGACCACAUUUAAACUAGAGUAGCUCUGCAGUUCCAUUCGACGUGUGUCUUAGAAGAAGUUAGACUAAUUUUUGCCAGUAGAGAAAAUUAUUCUCGAGUUUAGUAGUCUCAUUGCAAUGCCAGCUUAAGGCCCGUCCACAGUAUUUCCAGAUCAUUUUUAAAUACAGUUCUGUUUUUUUCCCACUUUUGCAUACAGACCACACUGAAAUGAUGUUUUUGUUCACCGAAAGAUAAUCUUCAGAUUGGAAGAAUAUGAAAACACCGGCUAGGUGAUGUAGGAUGCGUGGAUUGUCGAGAACGCUGGCGUCAAAAUGAAAUGGCCACAUGUUAUCGCCUUGCUGGCGUGUUUUAAUGUAAUGUUUGUUCACAAUCCUAUUAAAGCCGAGUGUCGAGGAAUCGUCUCGUUUUUGAAGUUUUCGGGAUCACUGUGGACGGUUUAAAGCAAUGAAAUGAUAUACAAACGAUAGUGCAUUUUACUUGUUUUCAAAUUCAUUCAACUUGUGAAUGGAGCUUAUACAUUGGGUGUGGCUUAUACAUAUGUGGGCCGCUGCAUGUUAGAUAUGAACUUUGGAGCAGGCGAAGUAUAGCCAAUAGCAACGUAGAGUGUAUUAGUUCGUUUCAGUUUUGCAAAAGUAGUUUGAAUAGUCUUAUUAUUUACAAAGGUGACACGACCAACAAACGUUUCUUGUGUUAUGCUGCUUUUUUAACACUUUUUAAAAUUUUAAAUCCUUUUUGUCAGUAAUUUCGAUUUCUUUAGGCUCAGGAACAAAUCUGUAGUUUCUUGCACCAUCAAGAAAUAAUUUAAAGGGUUUUUAGAGGGUUUACCCAGAGUACCAAACACUCAAGAGUUUGUUUGUUCGUGUUUUGAUUUAGUAACGUACAUGUACACUGACAUCGUUACUCGUGAGGCGCAACGCACGGAAAACCUGAUUCUGUGGUCCAAAGGGACAUACACCUCGUUGGAAGCCUUCAUGCCAAUAUUUGACAGUUUUUUAGUUUUUUGAUUUGAAAACUGUUGUGAAUAUGCGUAAGAUCAACG